CACAGCCUCUUGGCUGGCGUGCCUGGGUGCGCCACUGGCCGCCCUAUCCGUCGUCCCUGAGAGCGGGCUUGCGCUCGCUUGACCUAUAGCCGGGGGCGCUCAGCUGUGCGGUGUGGGUUGAGUCGGGUCAGCUGAUCGAGUGAGAAUACAGUUCUGACCGGUGAUCGGAGGAGUGUGGUGCUGUGGUGCCGAGCUUAGUUCACGCUAUAACAUUGGCGACAAGGUAUUUGAACAGAAGAAAUUGAAAUGCCGGUGGGCAGAGUAGAGCCAUUUAAUGUGGAGGAAGAGAACUGGGAAGAAUAUGUCGAACGUAUGGAAGAGUAUUUUGUGGCAAAUGACAUCACAGAUGAGGCCAAGAAACGUUCGACUCUGCUCUGCAACAUCGGAUCCAAGGCAUACGGUAUCGUACGAUCGCUACUAUCCCCUGUUAAACCGGCGAGUUCAACGUAUCAGCUGAUUGUGGAGAAACUAACGACCCAUUAUCACCCCAAGCCGUCGGUAACGGUCGCACGGUUUCGAUUUUUUUCAUGCUACCGUCUACCAGGAGAAUCGAUACAAACGUAUAUCGCUCGUCUCAGACAGUUCGCUGGUGAUUGUCAGUUCGGUACAUUUCUAGAAGAGAUGAUUCGUGACCGACUCGUAUGUGGUGUGAAGUCUGACCUGAUCCAGUCCAGGCUGUUGUCAGAACCCGAGUUGUCUCUGAAGAAAGCGACAGAGAUGGCGGUAGCCAUGGAGACAGCCGGUCGGAAUCUGCAGGAGCUGUCGGGAGCGGAGGCGGCCGAUCCGCCUCGACAAGAGGUGCAGCAGAUUCGGUCACAGCAGCGGAGCCGGCCGACCGCAGCGGGGCCAGCGACACAGCAGCGAGCUCCAAGGGGCCCAGCUCAGCAGGCUGGCAUGACACAUCACACAACUGCUGGAGACUUGCCAGAGCCCGGCGAGACUCUGCACCUGGUGGAGAUGAUGGACGCUUCGCCAGUGACCGCCGCUGUGGUUCGACUGGCGACUGAACGUGACGCCACCCUCAGCAGAGUGCUGCAGUACACCCGAGACGGCUGGCCUGAGGACAAGAGCGGCGAGUCACCGGAGUUAAGUGCAUAUCGCACGAAGCAAGGUGAGCUCAGCAUCCAGAACGGAUGUCUCUUGUGGGGAGCUCGAGUCGUCAUUCCAGUCAAGUUGCGGGAGAGGGUGCUACAGAUGUUGCACGACGGUCAUAUGGGAGAGAGCCAUACCAAGGGGUUUGCCAGAAUGUACGUGUGGUGGCCAAACCUAGAUUUUGACAUAACCCAGAUGGUUAAGGCGUGUGUGACCUGUCAACAAUACCGCCACCAAGCGCCCGUCACGCCACUGAGUCCGUGGUCCCUCCCGUCCCGGCCAUAUGAGCGGGUGCACAUUGACUACUGUGGCCCAGUGGAGGGGAAAAUGCUGCUCAUUGUAGUGGAUGCAUAUACCAAGUGGAUUGACGUACAUGUAACAACUAGGGCAACAACCGAGGUUACUAUGGAGGAGCUGCGGAAAACGUUUGCAUACUGGGGAAUUCCCAAGUUCUUGGUAUCAGACAAUGCUCAGUGUUUCGUGGCACCAGCGUUCCAGUCAUUCUGUACUCAGAAUGGUAUCACACACCUGCGCACUGCGCCGUUGUCUCCAAAAAGCAACGGUCUGGCUGAGCGGGCAGUGCAGACGGUAAAGCAGGGUCUGAGGAAACAGGGGAAUGGAACGCUGCACACCAAGCUGGCAAGGGUGCUGUUCACCUACCGUUCAUCUCCCCACAGCACUACCGGAGUGACGCCAGCAGAGCUAAUGACCGGGCGGCGCAUGAGAACUCGUCUCGACUGUAUGCUUCCCAGUCUGCAGGAUCGUGUUGUCAGCUCGCAGUGGAAAAUGAAGGAGCGGUAUGAUAGACAGGCACAGCGGCGCACCAUACUACCAGGAAUGUCUGUCCUCGUUUCACAGGUGUCGGGACUGGCCGGCGUCGGCAGGACAACACGCUGGCUACCCGGACACUGCAUCAACAUCUCGGGACUCAAGCUCACGGUCCGGCUGGACGACGGACGAGUCCUCCAGCGCCAUCUGGACCAGGUGGUCCCGAGAGCGGUCGCCGGGAACCAGGCCGUCCGACAGCCGACGGACUGGACGGCGGCGCCGCGGCCUCCCCAAACGCCUCUGACGUCGCUGCCGACAACUCCAACGUCGCAGGCGACGCCUUCACCGCCGACGCCUUCACCGCCGACUCCCACGCCGCUUCCGCCACCGCCAGCGGAAUGUCCGGAACGGGAGAGGCCUUCGUCUCCCUCCCCAGUGGGGCGGCCGGCUCGUGGGUUGGAGGGACGGGGUGAGCUCAACUCGCGAUUGAAGUGUGACGUCCAAUUGUCGCGAGGCGAGAGUGUUGAGUGUCGCGAGCCUGUGUCAGCGCCGCAGGUACCGCGCUAUAACCUGAGACCGAGAAAAUAGUUGUUAACUAGGGGGGAGGAAUGUGGUAGAGUGUCACACAGCCUCUUGGCUGGCGUGCCUGGGUGCGCCACUGGCCGCCCUAUCCGUCGUCCCUGAGAGCGGGCUUGCGCUCGCUUGACCUAUAGCCGGGGGCGCUCAGCUGUGCGGUGUGGGUUGAGUCGGGUCAGCUGAUCGAGUGAGAAUACAGUUCUGA